GGCGUGUAUUUCCAGCCAGCCUAAGAGGCAACUCCCAAAAUAGCAGUGCAAAUUUGGGAAAGGCUCAGGAAAAUGGCUGAAGUAGAUUCACCUAUAACUCAGCAAGUAACGAGAGAAAACCGGGAGAUCGGAGCCUCUUCAGUCGAUAUUCGCCUUGAAGACGUCGAAGAUUGUUUAAUUUACGACCGGCAUGGAGUCUCUUUUCCGUUCAAGAAAUUAUAUCAAGACAGGAAAUCGGUCAUAAUUUUUGUCCGGAAUUUCUUGUGCUACAGCUGUAAAGAAUAUGUGGAGGAUUUGAGCAAAAUACCCAAAGAAGCACUACAGGAUUCUGGCAUUAGCUUGGUUGUGAUUGGUCAGUCUGCUCAUCAUCAUAUAGAGCCAUUCUGCUCGCUGACGGGGUAUCCUCAUGAAAUAUUUGUGGACCCGGAGAGGUGCAUUUAUCAAAAGCUUGGGAUGAAAAGAGAAGAGAAAUUUACAGACUCAGCCCACCCAAGUCCUCAUGUCAAGUCUGGUGUCUUUAUGGGCCAAAUGAAGAGUAUAUGGAGGGCCAUGACUAGUCCUGCAUUUGACUUCCAGGGUGAUCUGCAUCAGCAAGGUGGAGCCAUCAUUGCAGGACCAGGCUCUCGAGUCCAUUUUUCACAUUUCGACAUGAACCGCCUGGACCACAUGCCCAUUAAUUGGCUCCUGCAGCUCGCCGGAGUUCAACAGACUCUGGACUUCAGUGAUAAGCCAAAGAUCAUCCAUGUGUAGUCAGCUGGCUGCCUGAAAGCGAGCCAGUGUGCCUCCGCUUCGCCCCACAUCACUGUCAUAAUCACACACGCACAAUGUAAACAUGUUGCUUGUUCAGUUAAAUAUCACCAUUGUGCUCUGACAAAUUACACAAAUAAGAGUUUUGGCAUCGUUUUCAGUAGCAGCAGCGUUUGUGUACCAUUGGGUAACAACUUGGCUGCCUUGCCAAAACCUUCGAUAAGUCUAAAAUAUACAGUCUAUGUUAAGUGUGUUAAAGUUCACUCUUGGCAGUAGUUUCAAACCCAGAAAAUCCAACUCAUAGUCUGAUUACUAGCUUUUUCUAGAGCUUUCAACUGCAUAAAGCUCUGGUAAAAAGCUAGCAAGUGGACUGAGCAAACUCAAUCUGCUUAUGAAGACCCUGAGAUGUGGUAAAACAUCCAGGAAAUGCUUGUAAGUGGAUCUUUAGUGAAGAUAAAGUCUUAUGAUUUGAAAGUGCGAGUGAUUGGGUUUGAAUGUUACUUUUUUAAAAUUUUCACCAAGCUUUAUUCUCUACAUUUCCUACCUUUUUCUAUCAAUGACCAUUUUUUCUGUUGCGUAUUUUCACAUUCAAAUAUUUUUGUAGUAUGAUGGCUGUGUGCUUGAUAUUCAUCAACACUUAAUAAGAAUAACAGGUGCACUGAUGUCAGCCUGAUCCCAGUCUUACGUCUAUACCUUGAUUGCUCAUAACCACAGUGUUUAUUAUACUGUAAAUAAAGUGUUAUUGUUAUGUA